AUGUCCGACAAUGGUGCCUCGGCGAUCAGCCUUCUGUCGUAUGAAACACUGGUACACGCCGUGGCAGGUGCAGUGGUAAGGACAUCUCAACGUAGUUUGCCUAUACAUGAACAGUCCUUUUAUAAUAAGACUGCCAAAACGUUCGAAUAGCUACACUGAAAUGUCACAACCAGUGCCACUAGCUAGUUUGUUAGUUAGCAUACUGUGUCAGAUUGUAUCAACUUUGUGAAUUUGUCGUGUAACUUAGGUUUAACGAUCUCAUAAUGCAUUUGUUUCUAGGGUAGCAUGACGGCGAUGUCUGUCUUCUUUCCUUUGGAUACAGCAAGGAUCAGACUUCAGGGUGAGUUUUAGAGUAAUUGAUUAUUAGCAGUCAGUAUAUACCACCAUCUUUGUUGUCAGCGUGGCCAUACUUGUCUGCUAUAACGUUGGACUCUGCACCCAAGGGUCAGUGAGUUCACAAGGAGAUGCGUGAUGGAUAUAUAGAAGUGGAAACAUUGACAAGAGAGACCUUACCACUGCAUGAGCAUACCAGAGCUGCAGACUACUUACAAUGUUACAAUAAUGCAAGAAGGAUAACAAUGCCUUUUCUGCCUUCGUUUUCUGUUGCAGUGGAUGAGAAUCGGAAGUCCAAAUCCACUGUCAUUCUCCUGGCUGAAAUAGCAAAGGAGGAAGGCCUGUGAGUAUUGUAUGGAACUGUACACAUACUUUACUACAAUUUAUAAUCCACCGUAGUUUGAUUUGAGUAGUCGACUGGAAAGGCAAGCUGGCCUCGUACCACUGCAUACAGGGCUUCCAUUGUGCUGUUGUACCCAUAGAUCCAGAAUGGAGUAGUAGAAUGGAUAUUCCUUUCAGUUCAAAGCAAUGUUCCAUGAUAUGUCCAUUCCACCCAUUGUAUAUCUAUGACUACUUUUAUGUGUCGGGCCAGGAGUUUUUCCCAGUCAGAUCACAUGCACAGGAAAAACUCCUUGUCCUGGGUUCCCAUGGCCCAACGACUAACUAUGCUGAUUUCCCUGGUCUCUCUCCUCUCCCCUCCCAGGUUGUCUCUGUACAGAGGCUGGUUCCCAGUCAUUUCCAGUCUGUGCUGCUCCAACUUUGUCUACUUUUACACCUUCAACACGCUGAAGCAAGUCAUGGUGGGUAACCAGGGCCGGUCCAGACCAGGCAAAGACCUCCUCAUGGGCUUCAUCUCAGGUAGGAGGACCAAACAGAGACCUUUUAGUGGUAAUGGCCAAAUUGUCACUGUCAACCAUUUCAAACCUACUGACACCUAUUUAGAUGGACUCUAAGUCAUUGUUGCAGUUAUAUUAAGGAAGGGGAGUCUGAGAGGCGAUAAACAGAGAGAUGAAUUGAAGAAAGCAGAUUUGACCUCCAUAUUGAAAUGUAUUUAAAUGUCUCUCUGUUGCCUGUGUUUUGUUUCUCCCCCAGGGGCAGUGAACGUGCUCCUGACCACGCCCAUGUGGGUGGUCAACACCCGGCUCAAGCUGCAGGGGGCAAAGUUCCGGAACGAAGACCUCCAGCAGACCCACUACAGAGGCAUCUUUGGUGUGUGUUUGUCUGUUUUUGCUAUUCACUUUUCUCUUUUCAGUACCAAUAAAAUUGUGACUUACUAUCAUCAUACAAUGUGUGUGUUUUCCAUUGCAGAUGCUUUCUCGCAGAUCAUAGCCAGCGAGGGAGUGGGGACUCUUUGGAACGGUACACUGCCUUCUCUGGUGCUGGUCUUCAACCCUGCAGUCGUGUUCAUGUUCUAUGAAGCCAUGAAGAGGAGAGCAGGCAGAGGAGGGAGGAAGGUGAGAGAGGGAAGGAGAGAGGAGGGAGCCAGCUUUGACACCUCUGUGGUGUAUCUGAGUGUCAGUCAUGCUGAAAGUUUAAGCCUUUGUUUUGGUUUUUGUCUGCUCCUAGAUCACAUCAGCAGAGAUCUUUCUCAUUGGAGCUGUGGCCAAGGCCAUCGCUACCACGGCAACGUACCCCCUGCAGACCGUCCAGGCCAUUUUAAGGGUAAACAAAUACACAUGCACACUUGUGUAUAUAUAAACGCACACACCUGCUAACUGAACACUCAUAGCAGUGUUUCCCCUACGUUACCCAUCAAACAGUAUCCGAUAUCAUGAUCACGUGUACUGCUCAGUAAAAGAAGUCCAUCAUAUUUCCUGUACUCACAGCUCAUUUUGUUGAUUAAACUACUGUCUUUCUCUCCCCCCAGUUUGGGCAGCACAAAGCUGAGGGCAAGGGAGGUCUACUGGGCAGCCUCCGAAACAUAGUCUACCUACUUAUGGACAGAAUCAAGUGAGUAGAUCACACACACAAUGGAACUCUUGCAUCUCAACAGUCUGACUACAGCAAUUUGGUUGGACAUUUUCAGACCGUCUUGUGCCAAUGAGUGCAUCUUGUGUUGAUCCAUCGAUAUGUUCCCUCCCUGUCCUCUCCCCUGCAGGAGGCAUGGUGUGCUGGGCUUAUACAAAGGCCUGGAGGCCAAACUGCUCCAGACGGUACUAACGGCAGCCCUCAUGUUCGUGGUGUACGAGAAGAUCACCGCAGCCACCUUCAAGGUCAUGGGCAUCAACAAGAAACUGAAGCACUGA